AUGGUCAUCAUCGACAACCAAGAGGUGCUCAGCAUCGAGGAGACGAGAUUGAAAGAGGACCGCGAUCGCGUCAAGUACUGGAAGAAGUGGGGGUGCUAUACCGCUGAGCGACAAUGGGCGACCGUGCGAGAGGACUACUCUGCUGAUGGCGAUGCCUGGAGUUCCUUUACCUACGACAUGGCCCGUUCGAGAGCUUAUCGAUGGGGAGAAGACGGCAUUGCGGGCGUCUCCGAUACACAUGGCCGCAUGCACAUUGCCUUUGCAUUCUGGAACGGCGUCGACCCGCAUCUCAAGGAACGCCUCUUCGGUCUUUCCAACCCUCAGGGUGUCCACGGCGAAUCGAUCAAGGAAUGCCACUUCCACCUCGACAACACACCAACCCACUCCUACAUGAAGUAUCUCUACAAGCUGCCACAACGCGAGUUUCCCUAUCAAGAGAUCAUCAAGGAGAACGCAAGGCGCAACAAGACGCAGAGGGAGUACAACCUCAUCGACACAGAUGCCUUCAAGGACAACCGCUAUUGGGACAUCUUCAUCGAGACUGCCAAGGAGCACGACAAUCCAGACGAACUACUCUUCCGUGUCACCGCGUACAACCGUGGAGAUAAGCCGGCCAAGCUGCACAUCCUGCCACAUGUUUGGUUCCGCAAUACCUGGGCCUGGGGAUACGAUUCGUACAAGCCGACCAUCAAGCAACAGGACAGCCUCACAGCUUCGAUCGAUCAUCGGAAUAUCGGCCAGCGCUACUUCCAGUGCUCGCCCUCGCCGAACAGCUGCGGGUUUGAAGCCGACAUCGAGCCCGAGUUUCUGUAUACAGACAACGACACCAAUUUCAAGGCGCUAUGGGGUUCCAGCUCCAACAAGACCCCGUAUGUCAAAGACGCCUUCCACAACCGUGUCGUCAAAGGCGACAAGCAAGCUGUGAAUCCGCAGAAGACCGGAACGAAGAGUGCCGCAUGGUAUGCUUUUGAUCAAGGCGAGGGUGUGCCACCUGGCCAGUGUGCCGUGGUACGCUUCAGAAUAUCUACCAAGCACUCCGAGGACUACCUGGACGAAGAAACUUUCGACGAAGUCAUUGACCAGCGUCUUGCCGAGGCCGAUGAGUUCUACUACAAGAUCAACCCACUCCCAAUGACCGAUGACCUCCGCAAUAUACAGCGUCAAGCGCUAUCAGGCAUGAUGUGGUGCAAACAAUACUACCACUUCAUCUGGGACCAGUGGGCGAACGGAGAUCCAGCAAUGCCCCCUCCACCUCCUGAACGCAAGUCCGUGAGAAAUGCUCAGUGGAAGCACAUGCAUCUGGACGAUAUCCUCUCCAUGCCUGACUCCUGGGAAUAUCCGUUCUUUGCCGCUUGGGACUCGGCAUUCCACUGUAUCCCCUUAUCGCUCAUAGACCCGGCAUUCGCCAAGAAGCAGCUGGAUCUCUUCACGAGGGAGUGGUACAUGCAUCCCAAUGGCCAGCUGCCGGCGUACGAAUGGAACUUUGGUGAUGUCAACCCUCCUGUGCAUGCAUGGUCGGUUUUUCGGACUUUCAAGAUUGAGCGCAAGAUGUAUGGCCGCGAAGACAUUGACUUCCUCGAGCGCGUGUUCCACAAACUGCUCAUGAACUUCACCUGGUGGUGUAACCGCAAGGAUUUCGACGGCAACAACAUCUUCGAGGGUGGUUUCCUCGGCUUGGACAACAUUGGUCUGUUCAAUCGCUCGGAUCCACUACCUACCGGCGGUACCUUGGAACAGGCCGAUGCCACCGGCUGGAUGGCAUUCUACUGCUUGUGCAUGCUCAACAUCGCCCUUGAGUUGGCCAAGCAUCGUCGCAUCUACGAAGAUAUUGCCUCAAAGUUCGUCGAGCACUUCAUCGCCAUAUCGGACGCGAUGCAAUACCGGGUUGGCACUGAAGCCAAGUCUCUAUGGAACGAUGAAGAUGGCUUCUACUACGAUGCGAUCUCCUGGGGCGGUCCGUGGUCCCACCAAAUGAAGGUCAGGUCUUUGGUCGGUCUGAUUCCCAUGUACGCCACCCUCACUCUUGAACCGAGCGUCAUUAACAAAUUUCCAUCAUUCAAGAGGCGCCUGGAAUGGUUCAUGAAGAACAAGCACGACGUGCGAGAACGAAACAUUGCCAGUAUGACCCGGCGUGGCAAAGAUGAGCGACUGCUGCUCUCUCUCGUCAAUGAGGAUCGUCUCCGCAGCAUCUGCCAUUAUAUGCUCUCCCCGAAUGAGUUCUUGAGCGAUCAUGGUAUACGCUCCUUGUCUAAAUAUCACAAAGAUCACCCGGUCUCGAUGGACGUGAACGGACAACAGUACUCGGUUAGCUAUGUUCCAGGAGACUCCGACAGCGGCCUCUUUGGUGGCAACAGCAACUGGAGAGGGCCGGUCUGGCUCGCCGUCAACUUCCUGAUCAUCGAAUCGCUCUUGCGGUUCUACAUGUUCUACGGCAAUACCUUCAAGGUUGAAUGUCCGACUGGCUCAGGCGAAUACAUGCAUCUUGGCCAUGUAGCGGAAGAGAUCCAGCACAGAUUGCAACAUCUCAUGGCUAGCGAUCACAGUGGCCGCCGCGCCUUCAAUGAUGGCCGAGACAUGACCGACUUUGACCCUCACUGGAAGGAUUACCUUUUCUUCUACGAAUACUUCGAUGGCGACACUGGCCGUGGGCUUGGUGCCAGUCACCAGUGCGGUUGGACUGGUCUCAUGGCCAAGAUCAUCCAGGAUACUGGUGUGAACUGUCGUCUGCCUCAAACGCCACGAACACCGGGUGCUGCCGCGGAGCAUUAUUUCGACGACACGUUCAUCCGGCAACGUCGCGCAUCCCUCGGACAGCGUCGUCCAACCGGUCUUGCCCGCUCCAUGACACGUACUCGUAGCAUUGGUGAGCGUAGUGACUGGGGCCAAAGCACGAACGGCGACGCCGGAGACGAGGACGGUGACGAUACGGCCAAGCCAAAUCGAUCGUAUUCCAUCUACAACGAAAAUGAUCCCAACGCAGGCAAGCCCGCCGAACACGAUCCAGAUGACCCGAUCAACAAGUAUGUCCAGGACCAGCUUGCCAGGAUCAGGAGUAACGAGAGCGCUGAGCUUGCUGAAGAGCUCGCGUCGCAGACAGAUGGUGCCAAUGGACAUUGA